CAGGCGACUCCAUUCAGUCCAAUGACCUUCCCUGGGAGCCGAUACCCAACGCAGGCAAGGAGGAAGGCGGAGCCACCGAAAGGCACAGCGAGGAAGGGAAAUGGCUCGGGCCGGAGGCCGGGGGCUGCUGCUGCUGCGGCGCCUCCUCUCCCACUCCGCACAGUGGGCUGCGGUCCGGCCCCCGACACCCGCUGCUUUCUACAGCACUUCAAUAACCUCAGCUAAAGUCGAAGUGAACGGUGUCCAGCUACAUUAUCAGCAAACAGGAGAUGGAAGCCAUGUUGUCCUGCUUCUCCCUGGCAUGUUAGGUAGUGGCCAGACUGAUUUUGGACCACAGCUGAAGUUUAUGAACAAACAACUCUUCACAGUAAUAGCUUGGGAUCCCCGGGGGUAUGGAAAGUCAAUCCCUCCGGUUCGAGAUUUUCCUCCAGAUUUCUUUGAAAGAGAUGCAAAAGAUGCUGUAGACUUGAUGCAGGUGCUGAAAUGUAAGAAGUUCUCUUUGCUGGGAUGGAGUGAUGGUGGAAUAACAGCACUCAUUGCCGCUGCAAAAUAUCCAAAUCUUAUCCACAAAAUGGUGGUUUGGGGAGCCAAUUCCAGUGUUACAGAGAAGGAUGUGAAUCUUUACAAUGCUAUCCGUGAUGUUUCAAAAUGGAGUGAAAGAGCCAGGAAGCCAAUGGAAGAAAUGUACGGGCAUGAAUACUUUAGCAAAACCUGUGCAGCCUGGGUGGAUGGAAUCUCCCAGUUUAUACACAAGCCAGAUGGUGGUAUCUGUCAGUCUUUGCUGCCUCAUAUUAACUGCCCAACAUUAAUAAUACAUGGAGAAAAAGAUCCAUUAGUUCCUCGCUUCCACCCUGAAUAUCUUCAUAAACAUAUCAAGGGUUCACAGUUGCAUUUUGUGCCAGAAGGAAAACAUAAUUUACAUCUACGCUUUGCAGAGGAAUUUAACAGAGUGGUGGAAAAAUUUCUUCUAUAAAAUGUUGCUAAUACUUACCAGUAAGCAGCUGAUUCUAGUAAUGACACGGAUAGGAUACUAAAUUUACCAUUAUCAGUUUUAUCUGGUAUGGGGAAGAGAAGAAAUCAAAUUCCUUCCUAUCAUACAUUUAUUGUACUGGAGUUGUAACCUAGCGCUCAUGUCAACAUUUUUGCUGUAUGAGGAUGCCCUUGUUUUUUACUUCACUGAGCAUUAAAGUCUGGCAUUGGCUAUUCAGGACUGCCUGUGUUUAUUAGCAACUUUAAAAUUAAUGUUAAGGAAGCAACAUGAGCUUCAAUAGAUAUGGCAACAUCCACCUUGAAGAAAACACAAGCAAGUCGUUAUUUGGAACACGUGCCUUUAUAGAGAGUACUCAACAUUAACACCACACAGAAGCCACUGAAGAGUUUGAUUUCAUGACAGAUCCUUGAUAAGUUUACACAAUGCACAAAGAAUGCUAACAUAAACACUGCCACAGAAAGCAUGCACCAUCACUAUCGGACUCCAUGCCUGCUCUAUUAGCAUUCUACUUGCUGCUGUACCCACCCCUUGUCUUAAGCUAUUAUUCUCUUUAAAAGAUAAGACUUAAAUCCAGUUCCCAUUUUCCUUUGCAUAAAAACUGGUAGAAAUUAUUUUGAACAAAUAAUGUAUUUCAUGUUUUGAGAUGAGAUUUUUCAGAAACAUAUUCUAAAUACUGAACUGAAAAAGAUAAAGCCCCUAACUGUACAACUCACUGGCAAGGUCCUGCCCUGUUAUGAAAAAGGUUUUAAUGACACAGUUGUGGUUCAACUAUCUGCAUCCUUUGAGAAACCCAGUCCAACUGCAAUGUAGCAAUUAAAAUUAAAAAUGUUAGACAUUAACACACAACUCAGAUUGCAAAUAUAAGCACUUCUAUAGUGUGUAUUGUGACAAUACAAGGAAGGGGGAAUCAACAAAACUGGUUUAGCAUACACCUGUAGAUCAUCCUUUCCCAACCUGGGCCUGAUGGGAGGUAUAGUCCAAAACAGCGGGCAGGACCAGGAUAAGGAACUCUGCUGUACAGCAUUAUUCUUUCACAAUUGCAAAGAGUGCAAAGGAAGUGUUCUGCUCCUUGAUGGACUUUCUGAACUACUAUUUCUAGAUUCCUACCUUUCCAAUACAGCUUGUGUAUUUCAGCCACUUAGCCUCCUUAUCUAUGGAGCAGCUGAGAAGCCUCAUUUUAGAGCAACUAUUAUUUAAGUAAUCUUUGGGGGAAAACUUGAUAAUGCCUGCAAUACUGUUGCUUCAGAAUUAAUCGCAGUACCUAUAAAACUGAGAAACUGCUUUUGUCUUAAAACAGAAGUAAAUGUCUUAAGAGUAAAAAUUACAAAAUUAUAUUUCAGCACCUCCUAGGCUACCAGCCCCAACCAUAAGUGUGAAGAGCUUCAUAUCACCCAUUUAUUUUAUUAUUGCAACAUUUUGUUUAACUGCAAAUGUUCUUCUAUACUACAUAGGUUGGCCAAUAAAGUAUUAAGGUUUAAGUUACAUAGUAGAGGUCACAAAAACGUCUGACAGAGGCAACAGUGAAAGCACCAAGUAGAACUGGAAAAGCAUGCACCAGUACAGCUGAACAGACUGUGCCCCAAAGCACUUGCCCAAUUGCACUAAGCCAUCUUAACCCUAAGCCUCAUCUUCCUCUCCUUCCUCUUCAAAUUCUCCUUGCUCAUCUGCUGUGGCAUCUUGAUAUUGCUGGUAUUCCGAGACCAGGUCAUUCAUAUUGCUCUCGGCCUCCGUGAACUCCAUCUCAUCCAUGCCCUCACCGGUGUACCAGUGCAAAAAGGCCUUACGCCGGAACAUGGCUGUGAACUGCUCAGAGAUUCUCUUGAACAGCUCCUGGAUGGCUGUGCUGUUGCCAAUGAACGUGGCAGACAUCUUGAGACCUCGUGGCGGGAUGUCACACACGGCCGUCUUCACAUUAUUGGGGAUCCAUUCCACAAAGUAGCUGCUGUUCUUGUUCUGGACAUUGAGCAUCUGUUCAUCCACUUCCUUCAUAGACAUUCUGCCCCGGAAGAUGGCUGCCACCGUCAAAUAGCGCCCGUGGCGUGGGUCACAGGCCGCCAUCAUGUUUUUAGAAUCAAACAUCUGCUGGGUGAGCUCUGGCACCGUGAGGGCACGAUACUGCUGGCUACCACGGCUCGUGAGGGGAGCAAACCCCGGCAUGAAGAAGUGGAGGCGGGGGAAAGGCACCAUGUUGACUGCCAGCUUGCGAAGGUCAGCAUUCAAUUGGCCAGGGAAGCGGAGGCAGGUGGUCACCCCGCUCAUGGUGGCAGAGACCAAGUGGUUGAGGUCCCCGUAAGUAGGAGUUGUGAGUUUCAGUGUGCGGAAGCAGAUAUCAUAUAAAGCCUCAUUGUCAAUACUGUAUGUUUCAUCUGUGUUCUCCACCAGCUGGUGGACAGAGAGGGUGGCAUUGUAUGGCUCAACCACCGUGUCCGACACUUUAGGGGACGGCAUUACACUGAAUGUGUUCAUGAUCCUGUCUGGAUACUCCUCCCGGAUCUUGCUGAUGAGGAGCGUCCCCAUCCCAGAGCCAGUGCCCCCACCCAGCGAAUGGGUCAGCUGGAAGCCCUGCAAGCAGUCACAGCUUUCAGAUUCCUUCCUUACCACAUCUAGCACAGAGUCCACUAGCUCAGCUCCCUCUGUGUAGUGGCCCUUGGCCCAGUUGUUCCCAGCACCACUCUGGCC